CGGUCACGGUCAUGUAGUAUGUAGUAGCUUCAGCUUGUGAACCAGAAGUGGGAGGAGGUUUUACUGUCAGGUGACCAAUAAUCACUAUGUUAAUUGGUCAACAUGACAUAAUUGACGCUUCCUUAUUUAUUAACCGGUGGUACCGGUACCGGCUUCCAGCUCAUCAUUUUUUUCUCAUCUUCAUGUUGUAUGAUCCUCAAAAAAAUUGAGGUUAUGUAAAUUUUAUUGAAGACGUCAUAAUUUGUGGAAAAUUAUCAUCCACGUCUAUAUUUUUAUCUUUUCGCUGGGGUUUUCCGAAGUACUUAGUGCAAUAAUGUCCUUUGCAACCAUCUGAAGCCAGUCUAAAUUACAGGAAGGGGAUUAGAGCAGAUUUUAAUUUAACAGUAUGAAGGCGAAUUGCUGGUUAUCAUUAUUAUUGCUCGGUUUUUUGAAAACUAUUCUAGCUACCGAAUUAACUUUCGAAUUACCUGAUAGUUCCAAAGAAUGCUUCUACGAAGAGAUAAAGAAAAAUACCACAGCUACAUUAGAAUAUCAGGUGGUGACAGGGGGCCAAUAUGAUGUUGAUGUAGAGCUGGAGGAUCCAAGAGGAUCAGUAAUGUACAAGAAAGUAAAAAUGCAGUUUGAUUCUCAUACAUUUGUUUCUGCAAUGACAGGAAUAUACAAAGUUUGCUUCAGUAAUGAAUUCUCCACAUUCUCACAUAAAAUUGUAUAUAUGGACUUUCAAGUUGGAGAAGAACAGCCUUUGCCUGGUAUUGGAGAUCAUGUAACAGUUCUAACACAGCUGGAGUCAUCAGCCCAAGAAAUCCACAAGGCAUUGAACACUAUAAUUGAUUACCAGACACAUCAUCGACUCAGGGAAGCCCAGGGUCGUAAAAGAGCAGAAGAUUUGAAUGAAAGAGUUCUGUGGUGGUCAAUCAUGGAGGCAAUUGCCAUUUUGUUUAUUGCCUUUAGCCAAGUGUUUAUACUGAAAAACUUUUUCACUGAUAAGAAGCCUACUUCUAGUUACACAACACUUAAAACUUAGAUUUCUUUGUUUUGUUACAGUGAUUUGUGUGAUUUGAUAGAAUGUGUGAGUUGCAAGUGUAGGCUGAAUUUGUACCAGUUGUUAAUGCUUUUGAUUUUUGAAAAUACUUUGUAGAUCAUUUCCUUUUGCAGCACAUACUACAUCUUUUAUUCAUUGGAACUUUUGAGGUAAACAGGAUGUAUUUUUUCAUGUUAGUAAAAGUUAUUUUAUAUACAAUUUCAUCUCUGUAACAUCUGAAAGGCCUAUCAGCAUGGUUUUAAAUUAAAUUUGACAAAUUACCCUGAAUUUUAAGUUUAGCCAGGAAACCUUUUGGACAAACUUAUCAGAAUUAUCCAUCUACUUUUCUGGGAUAAAGGCAUAUCAUUCAUCUAGUUUUCCAGUCAGUAUGCAUCUGCAUUUACAAGCAGAUUCUUCAUAAACUACGAUUUUAAUGCCAAAAUCUGUAAGUGACUUGAACAAGAUAUGCACUAUGCACAGAUCUCAGAAGUAUAAAAAUAAAUUUGAAAAAUUAACAGUAUAAGUUAUGGUUGAUACACAAAAACUGCAAGAUAUGAACCAAAGAUACAAAGACUGCUGAUAGGUUUUUUGAAAUUCUGAUAAAUAUAAGCACUUGAUAGAUCCUAUACUAGUGGACAAUCAAGGAAUAUAUAUAAGAGAUGGCCAGUAAUUAUGGAAAAGAAGUGAAUUAUUUACAUAAAACUAGAAGAAAUAAAUCUCAAAAACAUUGAUACACAAGAACAUUAAAUUAGCCAGCUAAGCAUCCAUAGAAAUAACAUUACAAACAAUAUUUUGCAUUCUGGUAUAAAAAAGAACUUGAUGUGCUAUGUAGAUGUAUUAAUUUAUACUGCAAAAGGUCAUACAAAGAUUUCAUAAUAGCAUCAUAUGCUGUAAAUAAUUCAUAAUGUGGAAACUGGGAGUCUGUUUGUGAAGUUUUUCCACAAAUAAAAUGUUUUGUUUUGUACAUAGAAUGUUAUAAAAACGUGUUAUCUUCAAACAGAAGUUCAAUCUGUGUCAUCCUUGCCGAAAGAAAUCUUGAAAACAAUGUCUACUUGAUUACUAUGUUAAACAUUCAUCCAUUCCAGUCGUUAUAUUUUAUUUUGUGUUGUACCAUAAUUACCCAACAGUAAAUAACUAUUACAUAUAUA